AUGACACAAACUCAAGUUCAACUAAAACAGAAACUAAAGUUUAACAAUUGCCACAACCUCAAGUUCAACAAAUUCCACACACUCAAGUUAAAAAAAAACCACAAGCUCAAGUUCAAAAACACCACAAACUCAAGUUCAAACACGACACAAACUCAAGUUCAACAAAAACCACAAACUCAAGUUCAAACACAAACUCAAGUUCAGAAACACCACCAACUCAAGUUCAGAAACACCACCAACUCAAGUUCAACAAACCAACAAAAUCAAGUUCAAAAACACCACAAACUCAAGUGCAAACAUGACACAAACUCAAGUUCAACAAACAACACUAACUCAAGUUCAAACACAACAAAAACUCAAGUUCAAAAACACCAGAAACUCAAUUGCAAACAUGACACAAUCUCAAGUUCAAACACAACACAAACUCAAGUUCAACAAACACACAAAGUCAAGUUUAAAAACACCAAAAACUCAAGUUCAAACACAACAUAA